CAUUGCUUUGCGCACAUAGGAAUUUCUAUAACAUUUGAAAGCAUAUGGAUCCUCUAAAGAACACUAAAGAGUCGGGUAUUAUUGAAGAUGCCCGUCAUCUUAGAAGAGAACGGGGCAGAGUUCGUGCUGCCUUGAUGACAGAUGAGCAACGUGAAGAGAUAAAUAGGAAGCGGCGUGAGGCAUAUAAGAUGAAGAAGUCUCACGCACAGAACAAGGAAAAUGAUCCAGUGGAUAUAAAUGUGAGUAAUCCUAAUAAUAAUGCAUCUCCCGUCUGCGUAUUUUCUGACAAGUCGGAACUUACAACAGGUUCUGUAGGACUCAGACGAGAAGGUAAUAGAAUUCUAACUCCCUUGAAGUUAGAUGAUAACAGUAUCGAUAGAAAUAAGAAGCGUCGUGAACCUACUCGGAUGAAUAAAGACCAAACACGGUGCACAUCAAUUUCUGCAGGUUCGUGUUUAAAUUGACCGAUGUUUCCACUACUAUUUUCUGCAUGUGUGUUUUGUUCUCCGGUUCGAAAGUACAUUUAUCUCUGAUGGUGAUUGUUGUAUCUGAAGAAUAUGGUGCGCACAUCACAGGCACUCCAAACUCCAGUAUGAUUAUCAUAAAGAUUUAUGUUUUGUGUUUGAACAAUAUGAUUUUUAUUCUAUCUUUUUUCUGUGUGGUGCAAACUAUCAGUUUGUCCAGCUACCGACCAUGUUACACCCAUACCUUGCACUCCUAUGGGCGCUGAUGGUCCCACAACUCUACCUUUAACCGAGCAUACGACAGGUAUGAGUGUAUUCCUUGUUAAAACUUUCGUUUUAUUAGACAUGUUGGUGGAGCCUAAUCUCUCCGACAUGUGCACAGAUGUCCCACCCGGUAUUGAUUUAGUUGUUUUGUACCCCCAAAUGUUUAAACACCCUUAUAUUUAUUCAAUCUUUUUCCUGUGCGGUGCAAACUAUCAGAUUGUCCAGCAACCGACCACCAUGUUGCACCCAUCACUUGCACUCCUAUCGGCGCUGAGGGUCCCACAACUCUACCUUUAACCGAGCAUACGACAGAGGCAGACAACAUGAUGGAGCCUAAUCUCUCCGACACGUGCAUAGAUGUAUUUGAGGAAGACGAGGAAGAUGAAGAGGGUUAUCUAUUCGCCGGACACGGUAUUUGUCCAAUAAAUACAUCUAAUAAGAUCAAUGAAAUAUUUCGAUCAUCUAAGAAUGUAUUAUUAUUUAUUAUAUUAAAUAUAGAAGAAGAAGAUGAAGUCGAUGUGGAAAUCAACCUUGAUGAUGAAGAUAAUGGUGUGCCAAAUGUGUUGGAUCCUUAUGACAAGGUCUAUGCUAAUGUGCCAUCUGAAACACAUAAGUUAGAGGCGAUGGAUAAUUGGCAGCAAUGCAAUGCUAAGAAGUUUGAGUAUGAAACUCCAGGUUUUUGUUGUCGCAGUGGGCAGAUACAUUUAUCCACACCCGACACACCACCUGAACUUAUGAGGUUGUGGACGGCUUCAGAUGCUGAUGCAAGGCACUUCCGUUCUAACAUCAGAUUCUUCAACGGCCAUUUUUCAUUUACCUCGCUAUAUUGUAACCUUGACCGCAUGACCACGAGCAUGCGUGGUGGAGGUGUAUAUGUUUCGUGCCCAUGGUCAAAUUUACCACAAUGUACGUUCAUUUGGUAAAGAGGAGGGUACUGAACCAAGACAUCUUGAGUUGUAUUUCCAUGAUGAUGACCCUUCGCUUGAGCAUCGUUAUCGAAGAUGUCGAGAGGAAUGCCUAAGGAAAGACAAGGAAGUCAUCGAUAGGUUGGUUGCGAUCAUGCAGGGCAACCCAUACUCUGAGCAUCUUAGGACUAUGGGUGCAGUUGAUGAUCUUGAGGAUUACCACGUGGAAUUGAAUCUUGACCAAAGGUUGGACCAGCGAACCUACAAUGUACCUACCACAUCAGAGGUUGCUGCAGUUUGGAUAGAGGGUAGCGAGCAUCAUGGGCAGUUCGAGCAUAGCGUCAUACUCCAAGGGAAGGAUAGAUCUAUUCACGGCAUUCGAUCAUACCAUGGUUGUUAUGAUGCUUUAUCAUACCCACUAUUCUUCCCUAGGGGUGAGCUUGGGUGGCACAAUUGCAUCCCAAAGGUGGGAGUCACAAUGGCAGAAGUAAAUGUUGCUCGUGAAGUCCGAAAGGCACGUGCGGGCGGCGAGGAUCUAGGGAGUGCUGGAAAUUUAUGUAUAUCAGCGUGUGGCUACUACUGCUACAAAUUUCAAAUGUGUCCUGGCAUUUUCAACCCGAUAUUUUUCGGCAAGCGACUUUUUCAACAAUUUGCCGUUGAUACAUAUGUUAAGAUUGAAAGCUCUCGAUUAGAUUACAUCCGAAACAAUCAAGAUAGUCUCAGGGCCGACCUGUACCAGGGUCUUGUUGAUAGUUUGCAUGCUGGUGAGUGUCGAGGUGAUGCUGUUGGAAGACGUACUGUUCUUUCUACGUCAUUCAUCGAAGGCCCUCGUGACAUGAGGCGCCGGUACAUGGAUGCAACAGCCCUGGUACGCAAGUUCGGUAAACCAGAUAUCUUCCAAACAAUGACCUGUAAUCCUAACUGGGAUGAGAUAAGGAAUGAACUGUACGCAGGUCAAGCCGCACAAGAUCGACCAGAUCUUGUAACUUGUGUGUUCAGGGCUAAGUUAGAGGCUAUGAAAAUUAAGUUGCUGAAGAAGGAUAUACUUGGAAAGGUCAAGGCAUACGUGUAUGUCGUGGGGUUUCAGAAAGGGGUCUACCGCAUGCUCACUUCUUGCUCAUAAUGAAAAGGAAAUGGAAGCUCACAUGUCCAGAGCAGUACGACCGACUCAUAUCUGCUGAGCUGCCAAACAAGAAGAAAUAUCCAGAGCUGUACAUGAUGGUGACCAAGCAUAUGAUGCAUGGGCCGUGCGGUGUGCUAAACCCAAAUUGCCCAUGUACUAAGAGACGUUCUUCACGCAAGAAUCACUACCCGCGUCCUUUCGCGAGUCCACCUCACAGGGUAAAGAUUCUUACCCUAUAUAUCGUCGCCGUUACAGCGGGUGUAAAGAGAAGGUUCGAGGUUAUGAGCUUGACAAUCGAUGGGUUGUCCCUUAUAACCCGCACCUACUGCGUGUUCAAUUGUCACAUAAAUGUUGAGGCAUGCAACAGCAUUAAAUCGGUAAAGUAUUUAUUCAAGUAUGUAUACAAAGGUCAUGACCGGGCUUCCAAAGCAGUUAGGGAGUCAGACCAGGCUGACAAAGAAGGGAACAUAGAUGAGAUCAAGGCAUAUAGAGAUGCUCGAUGGGUGACCCUUCCAGAGGUGUUGUGGAGGAUAUAUGGUUUUGAUAUUACUAAGAAUUAUCCGCCCGUACAACAACUUCAGCUGCAUCUUCCAGACAUGCACAUGGUGUCAUUUCACAAUCGUCAAAAGAUUGAACAUAUUGUUAAUAAACCAGGCGCUGAUGAAUCAAAGUUGACAGCUUAUUUUAAAGGAAAUGGAGUGCACGAGUUUGCUCGCAACAUAUUGUACCGUGAUUUCCCAGAAUUUUUCACAUGGUAGUCUGAUGGUAAAUUUUGGCGCCCAAGGGAACGAGCUAACACUGGGCAAGUUGGGAGGAUUGUAUCAGCUCAUCCAGCUGAAGGUGAACGCUACUAUCUUUAGAUUCUCCUAAACCAUGUGGUUGGAGCAACUUCAUAUGAAGAUUUGAGGACCGUUCGUGGUGUAAUUCAGCCUUCUUUCCGUGAAGCUGCCGAGAAAAGAGGAUUGAUUGAGGAAGACUACUCACUUGAUGAGUGUCUUUCUGAAGCUGCCACGUAUCAGAUGCCAUCAUCACUACGAAGGCUUUUUGCAACAAUAUUGGUAUUUUGUGAACCGAGCAAUGUAUUCGCACUCUGGCAAAAACACCUGGACACAAUGUCUGAGAAUUAUCGUCGCAACAAUCCAUCAGAUGCUAUCGUUGAGCAGAUGAUCCUAAUUGAUAUUAGAAACAUGCUACAAUCGAUGGGGAAGGAUAUAAAAUCAUUCCAUCUCCCUGACAUUGAUAACACUUACGAUGAUGCUUGUGGUGUUCCAUGGGAGAUAUUCGAGGAAACAAAUAUAAAGAGCAUCGAGGAUGAUGUGGCCUUAUCAGAGUCCCUUAAUAAUGAGCAGAGGGCUGCUUACGAUGAGAUCUUGUCAUCUAUUGAUUCCAAUGAUGGAGGGUUGUUUUUUGUGGAUAGCCCUGGUGGCACCGGGAAAACAUUCUUGUAUAGGGCUUUGUUUGCCAAAGUCCGUAGUCAGAACAAGAUUGCUGUUGCGACUGCUACAUCUGGGGUUGCUGCAUCCAUAAUGUCGGGUCGGAGAACAGCACAUUCACGUUUCAAGAUUCCACUUACCAUAGAUAGUGGUGGGUAUUGUAGUUCCACCAAACAAAGUGGUACAAUGACUCUGUUACACACUGCUUCUUUGAUUAGUUGGGAUGAGGUUUCUAUGAUCAAGAAACAAGCAGUGGAGGCGUUGGAAGACUGUUGUGUUCGGGGGAGAUUUUAGGCAGGUCCUACCGGUUGUCAGGAAGGGGUCGAGGGCUUAGAUAGUGGAUGUUUCAUUACGUAGGUCAUACCUUUGGGAUUGCACACGUCACCUGAAGCUUGUCCGCAACAUGAGAGCGCAUAGUGACCCAUGGUUUGCUAAAUAUCUUUUGCGCAUUGGCAACGGAAUAGAGGAGGCCAAUGUUGAUGGUGAAGUCCGUCUCCCAGAUGAAAUUUGUGUGCCAUAUACUGGAGAUGACAAUGAUCUUGAUAGAUUAAUCCAAUGCAUCUUCCCUAACCUUAAUGAGAACAUGACAGACAAGGACUACAUCACUUCUAGAGCUAUUUUAUCCACACGCAAUGAUUGGGUUGAUAGGAUUAAUAUGAAGAUGAUUGGAUCUUUCCAAGGUGGGGAGGUGGAGUAUCAUAGUUUUGAUCCUGCCGUGGAUGAUCCACACAAUUACUAUCCAUCGGAGUUUCUUAGCACCCUUACACCUAAUAGAUUGCCUCCACAUGUGUUAAAGCUAAAGGUAGGCUGUCCAAUAAUAUUGCUUCGGAACAUUGUUCCUGCGAAUGGUUUAUGUAAUGGUACGAGAUUGGUUAUCCGUGGUUUCCAAAGAAAUACUAUCGACACUGAAAUCGUGUUGGGCCAGCAUGCUAGAAAACGAGUUUUCCUCUCUCAAAUACCCUCAUGCCCCUCGGAUGACGAGAUGUUCCCGUUUCAAUUCAAGAGAAAACAGUUUUCUAUCCGUCUCAGUUUUGCCAUGACGGUCAACAAGUCACAAAGUCAGACUAUUCCUAACGUCGGUGUUUACCUCCCUGGCCCCGUGUUCUCGCAUGGGCAAUUGUAUGUUGCAAUGUCAAGGGCAACUGCUAGAACAAACAUCAAAAUUCUGGCACUUCCACCUAAUGCCACUAAGCUGGAGGAAAAAAGCUAAAAAGGAGAAGAAAAAUAACAAAAAAAAAACAGUAACAAGACAGUUAAUAACAAGAAAGAAAAGAAAAAGACUCCAAUGUAUAAUAGAACAUUUACGAAGAACUAAUAGCGUGUGCGUGCCGCACGUGUUUUUAAAACACCGAAGCACCAUCAAACCUACCAUGUUCUUGUUAUAUCCCUACACAAAGAUGGAGAGAUGCUCAAGCACCACACAAAACCUCUCCAAAUACCUUUGACCAUUAGGCAAAAAGCCAUUUAAAUGAUCAAACAAAAGUAUUUUUUAACUACCACACCAACUUUAUUUACGUAAAUGAGAACUUUUUCAGCUACCAUGCCGAUCUUAUCAACCUAAAUUUAGAAAUGAUCAUAUGUGUUGCUACGGUAUGUGGACUUCAAACUAAUGGUUCAUCUCAUCCCAUCUCUCUGUAUCACAAGCAAUUUAAAUGUAUAACAUUACCUAUUUGUUCGCACAUGCCCCCCAAAGAGAUCAUAUCACCAAAUAAUAAUAUACUUUUAGCAAUGCAUCUGGUUGAGUUGAGCUGCUCCACGUCUCACCCCCUCAUUCUCUUCCGCCCUUUUCCACAGCUCCUAAAGUCUACUUUCACAUUUCACCAAAAAUCAGUAAAAAAAUAAUUUCAUGUACGCUUCCCGUUCAAAACCAUAUUCUCCAUUCUAGCAUUUCAGUAAACGUAAUACAGUGGUAGAGCCCAUCCAUACACAUAUAUUUCAAGUAGAGCUGAUCCUAAUAAGAUUGUCUCGCACUACUGUGCAACUCUAAGAAAAUUUAUGACACUAAGAUAACAUUGAUAUAUUUUUACAUCACUUACACACUGCGCUGCAAAAAAAAUCUAUCGUGGAGGGCCUGAAACAAGAAUCAUCACAAUUUUAAAACAAGAAUAAUUCCUAAAACCAAAUAAGUAUUUUAUAGCCAAGAAUAAUUCCUAAAAUAUAAUAAACACUGUAGCCACCACAGAAAAAAAAUCUGGAUCUUAUAACAUGUUUCCUCUUAACUACAGUAAACAAAAGAAAGGAGUACAUCUCCCAUAAGGCUGAUGAGUGUUAUACAUAAACCAAAUAAAAUAAAAUAAGAAAUAUGAAAUUAGAAACAAGAAAAGGCAAAGACAAACAUUGGUACCCAAACUUCAUCAGCUGUUUGUUUUUUAUGGAUAGCUGUCUUCACCUGCUACAUUGAUACUUCUUGAUAUCAUCACAUUAAUAAAAACAAAAAA